AUGCGUUUUUCUAACAUCAUUGCCUUUGGCCUCUCUUGUGCCAACUCUGCUCUUGGUCUUGCAAUCCUCCCUCGUGAGAUUGCAGAAAUCGAGUCUGUUGCCAACGCCACGGCCAAGGGAAUUGAUGUUUUCGGACCGAUCCCUGAUGACGCUGUCAAGGCUCACGAGGGUUACUAUACUGCGGAAGAAGGCACCGACGCUUGGGCAUGGAUCCGUGCGCAGAUUGACAUCCCGUCUCAUGCUCGCCCAGCAACUGAGAAGCGCCAAAAUUACGCCAACAUUGGCAUUGGCAUGUUCGCCCAAGAUUGGUGCAAUGGCCAGGCAGGCUGGUGGGACGAUGUUACAUACGACGUCCAGCACUACGUCACGCUGAACAUGUUCAGCGUUGGCAUCAGCUAUCGUGGGCUUCGCAGCAACGAGCAGCUUGACUUUAGCCGCCAGGCUGGCAGUGACUGGUGUGGCAAAUAUUUGUACUCUGCUGGCCAAAACACUCCUGUCGGCUGUUUCAACUCUCAAGCUAUCAACUGCUAUCGCCUCACUCUACACUAA